AUGACAUAUGUUACCAUGGAUGCAAACAACACCAAUGAUUUACAUCCAAAAGAAUUUAUCCUUACUGGAUUUCCUGGGAUUGAAGACAAGCAACGUUGGCUCUCAGUUCCUUUCUUUAUUAUCUACAUUGUGGGUCUUGCUGGUAAUACUGUGACAUUGUUAAUCAUCAAAACAGAAAAAAGUCUCCAUGAACCAAUGUAUUUAUUUAUCUUCAUGUUAGCUUUUGUAGAUAUUGUGUUAGUAAUUAGUGCUCUAACUAAAUUACUGGCAAUAUUGUGGUUUGAUGCCAAGACUAUCACAUUUGAAACAUGUAUUAUACAGAUGUUUAUAGUACACUUCUUCACAGGAUUUAGUGCUUCUCUAUUGGUUGUAAUGGCAUUUGACAGAUAUAUAGCAGUGUGCAAUCCACUCAGAUAUCCAAAUAUUGUAACAAACAAAUUUAUUGCUAUAGCUGUUGCAAUAGCUAUAAUAAGACCCUUGGGUCUAUUGUUACCUUUGCCAUUAUUUGCUGUUGGAUUCUCAUAUUGUAGAACCAAUGUUAUUGAUCACUGUUAUUGUGAGAUGUUUGCACUUAUUAAUAUUGCAUGUGCAAAUUUGGAACUAUCUGUACUUUAUCUAAACUGGCUAUUUAUUGUAAUGACAAUGCCAGAUAUGGCAUUGGUUGGUCUAUCAUACUGUUUAAUUCUCUCAGUAAUAUUAAAAAUGAAGACUAAAGAAGCUCGUCAGAAGGCCUUCAGCACAUGCAGCUCUCAUUUCUCAGUGAUUCUAACAUUUCAUGCAUUAUCCAUAGUAUCAUUUGUGUUGACUAAUGCUCUGCCUUACCUUCGUGUCAUGGCUUCUGUCUUAUUUGUAGUCAUUCCUGCUGCAUUAAAUCCAUUCAUAUACUGCUUAAACAUUAAAAGGAUUCGUGAAAAGAUAAAGAAGGUUUUUAAUUCCAAGGUUAUUCUUUUGUGUGAUAGGUAA